GGAACGCUAUCUUUCAAAUUCCCAAUUCUCUCUCUCCUCGGAAUCUUGCAACUGUUAAAAGCCACCUUCUUUCUCUCUCUUUUAUCUAAAAAAACCUCAUCAUUUUGUUCGUUUCUUCUACGAUUUGCUCUUUUUGAUCACCCAGAAAAAAUCCCUAAUCCAACUAAAUUUAAUUUAUAAAAGAUGGAAAUUGGUGAAAUCCUUGGGGAGUCAAAACCUGUGUCUGUGCCAACAAAGAGUGCCAUCUAUGUUUGGGGUUACAACCAACGAGGGCAGACUGGGAGGAAGGAGAAGGACCAAAAGUUAAGGAUUCCGAGGCAGCUGCCACCGGAGCUUUUCGGUUGUCCAGCUGGGAUCAGUACUAGGUGGCUGGAUGUUGCUUGUGGCCGGGAGCAUACCGCCGCUGUGGCCUCUGAUGGGUCGCUUUUUACUUGGGGAGCAAAUGACUUUGGGCAGUUGGGAGAUGGAACUGAAGAAAGUAGGAAAUACCCGAAGAAAGUAGACCUAUUAGAUACUGAAUAUGUGAAAUCUGUUUCUUGUGGAGCGAACUGUACAGCUGCUAUAGCAGAGCCUCGUAAAAAUGAUGGGACUAUAUCAACUGGGAGACUAUGGGUGUGGGGCCAAAAUCAGGGCUCAAAUUAUCCUCGUCUAUUUUGGGGAUCCUUUGCACCAAACACUGUUAUCCGUCAAGUUUCCUGUGGAUCUGUUCAUGUAGUGGCCUUGUCGGAGGAUGGUCUUCUCCAAUCUUGGGGAUACAAUGAAUACAGUCAACUUGGCAGAGGAUUUACCUGUGAAGGAUUGCAAGGGCCAGGUAUUGUGAAAGCAUAUGCAAAACACCUAGAUGAAGCCCCUGAGCGAGUGAAAAUAAUUCAAGUGUCAUGCGGGGAGUACCAUACUGCUGCUGUAUCUGAGACUGGUGACGUGUAUACUUGGGGUCUUGGCAACAUGGGUCAACUAGGGCAUUGCUCCCUGCAAUCCGAAGAUAAGGAAUUAAUACCCAGAAGAGUGGUUGCUCUUGAUGGGAUUUACAUUACAAGUGUUGCAUGUGGAGGUGUCCAUACAUGUGCAGUGACUGCAAAAGGAGCUCUCUAUGCGUGGGGCGGUGGGCAAGUUGGUCAGCUUGGCCUUGGUCCACAAACUAGUUCAGCAUCUUUUGUUUUCAAGGAUUCUCUAUUGAUGCUUCGGAAUAUCCCGGCUUUGGUUAUCCCAAGUGGGGUGCAGCUUGUUGCCUGUGGCCACUCUCACACACUUAUCUCUACCUCAGAUGGGAGAAUUCAUGGAUGGGGAUAUAAUAGCUAUGGUCAGGCAUCAAAUGAGAAGUCUACGUAUGCCUGGUACCCAUCACCAGUUGAUUGGUGUGUGGGAGAAGUUAAAAAGCUUGCCGCUGGUGGUGGUCACUCAGCUGUGUUGACUGAUGCUUGUUCGUUGAAAGAUUUAUGUGAAUUCAGGCUUGCUGAAAGUGUUACUCUGGCAAAUGCUGCUCACAUUGAGGAUGUUGCAUUCAGAACCAGCUCUGAUGCUUUAGUACGCCUUUGUGGAAGAUUGAGGGAGCUGCAAUGUGCUGGUGGAUGGGAAUCGGAAGAUGAUGGGUCUGGUCUGAUUAGACCUUGACGAAGAAUUUGCUGCAAGAACCUGGCUUCCUUAGCAUUUUAAUAUUUCAUUGACUUGGGGAGAUCGCUAUUGGCUGACAGCUGCUGUCGCUAUUAGGAAGGUUUCAGCUGUUCGAUCUCUAUUCCCCUGUAGGUUGUUUUAUCUGUAAACCUGAAAUAAUGAACUGUUGUAUUCAUCAGCAUUCAACAAUUGUAAUAUCCUUACCCUGGUACUUAUUGAUACUGAACAUUAAUGUAAUAUGCUCCAAGUGCUCAGUAUAUGAAUUGAAUAAUCUGGUCGAUAAAAUUAUCUUUUCUA